AUGAGUGAAGGUACUUCUUCUAACAUUUCAAAUCAGAUCUCAGAUAAUAAAAAAAAGUGUAAUUAUUGUAAUGUUCAUAAAGAAAAACAAAAUUUCUGCUGUCCUUACAGUAAUAAUCCACUAUAUGAAUAUGCAACCUGUAAUGAUUGCUCUGAAAGACCAGCUCUGAAUAUUGGUAUUUCAAGUUCUCAAAUUACUAAUAUUUCGAAUAUCCUUCAAGUUGACAAUAGCAUUGAUGAUGAUGAUCUUGAGUUAACAUCAGAAGCAAACCUUUUUUUCAAUAAUGAAUUAGUAAACACAACACAAAUAGAAGAGUAUACCACUGAUAUACAAAUUAAUAAAUAUGACAAUAAUGCUGACACACUCUUAUAUAGUAUAAAUGAAGUAGAAAGUUUUAUUAAUACGCAAUUUCAAGAUGCUGAGUUAUCCGAAGAACCCACAAAGUUUGAAUUUGAUAUUGAGUUGGAUUCAGAACUUUUAGAUGCUGUUAUGCUUGCAGUUGACGAAUAUAAAGAAGCCUUGCAAGCUCAUAAUCAGCAAGGUACUCAAAGAUCAAGCAAUAAGAAGCUUGCGUAUUGGUUGCAUUAA